AUGUCUCAAGCAGAACCCAACCAAAGUUCUGAGAACGAGGGGACGACGACGGCACAAAGCCCACAAUUAGAUCUAGCGCCAAAGACUACUGACCCCAAUGGACAUAAAGAUGCGACGCCUUCUACGUCGACCGUUGAUGCUGAAACUGUCUCUGGGGGAUCGCAGUCUAGUGUUUCAGCGAACGAGGGAUCCGAAACCACAAGCAAGCCGAAGACAAGACGUUUACUCAGACCACAAAAGAGUGAGGGUGGCUUAGUUCAGUUGGUGCGCGAACAGGCCGAGGAAAUUAAGCAGCUACGAGAGCAAAUAGAUUCGGUGGAAGCUGAACGUGACGAUAUCCAAGACCAAUACGACAAUCUGCUUGACAAAGUGACACAUAUCAAAAGUACGUUGGGGGAGAGGUUCAAAGCAGAUGCGGCCAAACUUCAAACACUCCAACAAGAGCUCGAUGCUGCCAAGAAAGAUCUUGAUUCAGCCCGGACAGCUGAAUCUGCCGCAGAAAAGCGAGCAGCGGAGAGUCAAACAAAACUGGAGACUCUCGAAAGUGCACAUAAAGCCAAGCGAGCUGAGCUAGAAAGCCAAAUUGGCGAGGAGAACUCCAAGUACAAGGAGGAAAAUAAAAGGCUCAAGCAGGAUUUUACUCGGAUGGAACAGACAGUUAAAACACUACAAUCUGAAAAUGAGAAACUUUCUAAAGACAAAGUUGGUUUGGAGCUAGCUAUGGAAGAUGAGCGGACUCAGAGAUCAAGCUACGAGUCGAAAAUCGCUCAACUAAGUGAGGAGUUAACAACCCAAACAGGAUAUGCGGAACACUAUCGUGAUUCGAGUGCACGUGCAGAACGUGAACUCACACAAUUGGCGUCUGAAACGAAUGAAAAGAUUGAAAAGCUCGAGCAGGAGCUUAAGAAAGCAGAGAUCGAAACCGCUGAUUUCAAAAAGCAGUUGGCCGAUCAGCAGUCGCUGUUGGAGAAAAAAAAUAGUGAACUGGAAAAGAAGGAGAAACAGCUACUGGAAAAUCAAGAUUUGCAGGGUCAAAUCAAAGAAAAGAAUCUCCAGAUCGGAAAGCUCAGACAUGAAGCCGUGAUUUUGAACGAUCAUCUUACGAACGCGCUGGCUACUGUUCGCAAAGGAUCAGAAGGAAAAACUAUUGACAAAGAGCUUAUAUCCAACUUGGUGCUACAGUUUGCUAGUAUUCCUCGUGGCGACACCAAGAAAUACGAAGUCCUUCAGUUGAUCUCCAACACUUUGGGGUGGGACGAAACAGAACAAGCCCACGCUGGCCUUGCAAGGCAAUCACAACCAGAAGCAAGCUCCGGGGGCCUGUUUGGUAAAUUUGCUGAAUUCCUUGAACGGGAGUCAAAUAAAAACAGAAACCCAUAA